AUGGGCAUCCUACCGAAGAAGAAGCCCAAUGCUGAGGCGACGGUUGUCGCCCAGGAGGAGGCGCCCGAGUUUGAGAGGGUCCAAUGGACGAAGGAUCCCGGGCUUCGGAAGCUCUAUUUCUUCGCCUUUGUUCUUUGCAUUGCCUCUGCCACCACUGGCUACGAUGGCAUGUUCUUCAACAGCGUGCAGAACUUCGAAACAUGGAAAGCGUACUUCCACAACCCUGAGGGCUCCGACCUGGGUCUUCUCGGCGCGCUCUACCAGAUUGGUAGCUUGGUUUCCAUUCCACUGGUUCCCAUCUUGGCUGAUCGCUUCGGCCGUAAGCUUCCGAUUGCCAUCGGCUGUGUCAUCAUGAUUGUCGGCGCUGUCCUGCAGGCCGCCUGCCAGAAUCUCGGCACCUUCAUGGGUGGCCGUGUCAUGCUUGGUUUCGGCAACUCUCUGGCCCAGAUCUGCUCCCCCAUGCUUCUCACCGAGCUGUGCCACCCGCAGCACCGUGGACGCCUCACCACCGUCUACAACUGUCUCUGGAACGUCGGAGCCCUGAUCGUCUCUUGGAUUUCCUUCGGUACCAAUUUCGUCAACAACGAUUGGGCUUGGCGUGUCCCCGCCUUGCUGCAGGCUAUCCCCUCGGUCAUCCAGCUGGCCUUCAUCUUUUGGGUGCCAGAGUCGCCCCGUUACCUGAUGGCCAAGGACAAGCACGACAAGGCGCUCAAGAUCCUCGCCAAGUACCAUGCCAACGGCAAUGCAAACCACCCUACCGUCCAGUUCGAAUUUCGCGAGAUCAAGGAGACGAUCCGGCUCGAAUUCGAGGCCAAGAAGAGCAGCAGCUACCUCGACUUCUUCCGCACCAAGGGUAACCGCUACCGCUUCGCCGUCCUCAUCUCGCUCGGCAUCUUCUCGCAGUGGUCCGGCAACGCCAUCAUCUCCAACUAUGCUAGCAAGCUGUACGACACGGCCGGUGUCACGGAUCCAACCGCGAAGCUCGGUCUCUCGGCCGGCCAAACGGUUCUCUCCCUCAUCGUGUCCAUCACCAUGGCUCUGCUCGUCGACAAGGUCGGCCGCCGGCCCAUGUUCCUUGCCGCGACGGGCGGCAUGUUUGGCACCUUCAUCUUCUGGACGCUUACCUCGGCUCUCUACGACGCGCACGGUCUCGAUGGUGCGCGCUACGCCAUGCUCUUCUUCAUCUGGGUCUUCUCCAUCUUCUACGCGCUGGCGUGGUCUGGCCUGCUCGUCGGCUACGCCAUCGAGAUCCUGCCGUACAAGCUCCGUGCCAAGGGCCUCAUGGUUAUGAACCUGACUGUCCAGGCGGCCCUCACGCUCAACACGUACGCCAACCCGGUCGCUUUCAAGGCCUUCGAGGGCAAGCCCGACGAAGGCAUCCGUGGCAGCACCUGGAAGCUCUACCUCAUCUACACCUGCUGGAUCUUCCUCGAGCUCUGCUUCGUCUACUUCAUGUACAUCGAGACCAAGGGCCCCACGCUCGAGGAGCUCGCCAAGAUCAUCGACGGCGACGAGGCGGCCGUGGCGCAUAUCGACAUCCACCAGGUCGAGAAGGAGGCUGCCAUCAACGAGGAGAAGGUCGCCUAA